AUGCUUAAAAUAUUUAAGAACGCAUUUUCAAAAAAUAAGAAAUCUCUUACUUAAUCAUUUUAGUCAGAACAACCAGAACUUCCUCCUAUUCACAAAGCUACAACCUAAGACUUUUAAAUUAUAGAUGAAAAAUGUAUGGAAACAAUUGAAGAAACAUAAAAAUAAAAAUAAAGAAGCCAAUCUUUUGAGGCUAAAGAAGAACCAAUCAAAUAACAGGAGGAAUUUAUGGAUUAUGUAGUAUAAGAAGAUGAUUCAUUUUUUGGAAUUGCCCUUAAGUUUAGUGUCAAUGAGGGAUACUUGAUGAGGAUCAAUAAUCUAUCUAGUGACAUGAUUUUUAAAAAUUAGAUUUUAAAAGUGCCAAUAACAAAUCAACCUCGUUUCUCCAUAGUAAAGAUUCCUGAUUCGGAUAAACAACAAGAAAAUAUCUGGGAACAAGAAAAUUUAAGUUAGAAAUGUAAUUUUGUUUAAUAUCUAUUAUCUAGUUGAAGUUAUUUAUUGCAAUAAUAAAUAAAAUUCUAAUGGAACUUUAACCUUAACAGGUGACAUUGUACUGUUCGAUCCAUGCCAAUAAGAGCAGAUUUAAGAUAAAUAAAACAAAGUUCGAAUGAAUGCUUGCAUUUCAAUGAUUGAUAUCAAUGAAGCUGUUACUUAUGUUCUAUAAAAUCAAAACGGAUGUUUAGAUUAUAUUGUCCAAAUCCUAUUGUCAGGAAUAGGCAAACCCCAAUUUGAAAAAAUGUAUUCCAAAUAAUUAAAGAAAUAUAAGAAAUAGAAAAAGAGCAUUGCAACUGUAUUCUUUAGAGUAUGAUAAUUCAAUAAAUAUGUAAAGCAUGCGGAAAGGGACAUAGAUGGGAAAUUGUACUCAGAGGAAAUCAAAAAGGCCAAUUGCGCAUUUAUUGCGAAAUUCAUAAAUGAAUCUUGUACAGGAUACACUGAACAAUCGAAAUUAACAAAAUUACCAUACAUAGAUUUAAUAGAGGAUUCUUAACAGAAAAAAUAGCUAUAGACAGAUGAAAUUUAGGAUGUCAUUGGAGAAAGAAUGGGAAGUAUGCAAUAUCUAAAUCAUCUUAGAACUAUGGGCUUGUUUAGAGUAUGUUCCUGUUCUAAAAGAACCCUCUUUUUGUUUUACCAAUACCACUUACAAGCAAAUAAUUGAAUAAAUUCCAGCUGUCUAUCGUUUAGCUGAAUGGGUUAAAUUGUAUAACAUCGAUGAUGAUGGAUCUAGUUAUUUAAAUAUGCUCUACGAAAUCAAGAAUAAAUCUCCAAUAAUAAUUAUUAUUAAGGAUUUCGAUAACUUAAUAUUUGGAACCUACGUUUCAACAGAAGUGCAAAAAUAUAGUUGUGGAUUUAAAGGGAAUGGAGAAACCUUUUUAUUUAAUUAUGAUUAGGAGGUAUAAGAUAUUGAUAAUUUAUUUUAGAAAAAUGAAAUCAAACCAUAUUUUUGGACAGAAAAAAAUAGAGACUUCAUUUAUUGUGAUGAAACAGGAAUAGGAAUCGGUUGUGGAGAUAAAUUUGGCUUAUUCAUAGAUUAAAGCUUAACAUUUGGAUAUUCAAAUCCAUGUGAGACUUUUGAAAACAUAAGGUUUACUAAAUCUGAAAAGUUUAAAAUUAUGCAUCUUGAAGUUUGGGCCAUUUUGCAAUAAUGA